AUGGCGUCGUGGAUGUUUGGGACUUUCCUGGCCAGCAUGAAACCUGCAUACGAGAGCCGAGUGGAUACCGUUUUCGAAGGUCCCAAACUGAAGCAACUUUGGGUGGACAUUGAGCACAAGUGCUGGGAGACGUACUUGGAAGAGGCCGACGAUGACUUCAAAGGAGUCCAUCCGUACUUGAAGCUGAAGAAGGAGGUCAGCCACUGCAAGGCUGUAAUCAAGGAGGACACGCGACGAGAAGUUCUGCAGGAUUGCACCCAACGGAUCGUAGAUCUGGCGAAAGAGUGCAGUGCCAGCAGGAGCGGCAAAGGUCUAACAAAAAGUCAAUCCCGAGACUGA